UCACAACAGAACUUUUGUGGCUGAGAAAAAACAAUUGAGAAACACACAUUAAAUCUCCCUCCCCCUCUCUCUGUAAGCAGCAGUGAACCAAUGGCUUCUUCUUCGUCUUCCUUCAUGAGUCUACCAAGCUGUAAAACUCCUUCUCUGCUACAGAAAUCGUCUUAUCUUGGAGAAACCCAACAUCUUUACAACCUGAUCUCCUCAUCUCCAAGAUCACUCCAAACCAUUCCCUCCAAAACUUUUAAAAUAAAGCCCAUCUCCAAAUUCAACCUCUUUGAAAUCAUGGGCGGUAGAGGUCUCUUGAAUGGAGAAAAAUCACUGCAAGAACAACUCAAGAAGAUGAACACAACUCCCACUGAAGUAGUCUCUGAAACUACUCCUCCCAAAGAACAAGAAAAUGAAGAAAAUCUGACACCUUCAACUACUACUGCAUCUUCUACUGAUGAGACAGCGUCCGUAUCAUUAGACGUUCCGGAUGACGCUUUCGACAAGGAGCUACUAGGCCUAACUGGUGGAUUCCCAGGUGGAGAGAAAGGAUUAAGAAGCUUCAUUGAGAAAAAUCCACCACCACCUAAAAAAACAAGGCCUAUCUCAUCAGGAGGAGCAAUUCAAACAAGUUCAUCGUCAAAGAUUAAACCACCACAAUUGCCACUUUUGAUGCCUGGUAUGAUAGCAAUUGUGAAGAAUCCUAAGAACCCAUUUUAUAUGUAUACUGGGAUCAUACAGAGAAUUACUGACGGUAAAGCUGGAGUAUUAUUUGAGGGUGGAAAUUGGGAUAAGCUUAUGACGUUCCAGCUCAAUGAGCUUGAACGCAGAGAAAAAGGUCCUCCCAUGGUGAAUCCAUUAUCUGCUGUGCUCGAGCCUGUGGCGCAAGAACAACAAAAGGAUUCGUAGUUUUAGCAAUCUCUUGAUGGUUGAGUACAUAAUUAUAGUUUGUUUGUGUAAAUGUAUCUAUGUGUCGGUCUAAUUGCAACUUGAGAAAUGCUAUUUCUUUUAGCAUUUGCUUGUUUCUUGGAAAAUAAAGUACUGAUCCUUGUUUGUUUGGGCAAGUCGUGUGAGAAUCGAAAUAUCCAAAGAUGGACGCCUCUCUGAGAAAUGGCUGGAGAGGCUAUAUUGGGUGAAUUGGUGAGUUUCUCA